UUUCAUUCUGUUGGUGUGUGUGACCGUGUGAAUGAAACACUUGACAAAACCCUCCUCCCUCUUCUUAGGGUUUUGGGACAUUUGAAAAAACACAGGACAGCAAUGGCAGUGGAGGAAGCACAAAUUGAAACAGUGAAAGCUUCCGAAGCCUUAGUGCAAUUUCCUCCUCACCGUCGAAGACACCUCAAGAGCGAAACUUACCUUACUCUGGUUCGAAUUUUCUCUCACUGCUACGACGAGUCACAGCCUUCUCCUUCCACUCAUAAUCUUGAUAACGAUCUUAAAAAUGAGAAGGGCAGCAAUGAAUUGGGGCAAAGAACUGAUACUCAGGCGUCUCAAUUUGUUGAAUUGGUUGGUAGUGAUAACACAGAGCCUGAGGGUUUGGCAUCUGAGAAAAUCAUUGAAGUGAAUUUAAAUGUUGAUGAUAAAUGCUCUCUGGAUAGUAGGCAUAGCCAACAAAUGUCAAUUGAUGAGAUUGAUCAGCUGAUGAGAAUAGAUGAAAAUGAAGAUUUACCAAAUCAAAAGGAUGCGAGUGUUUUCCAAGAGCCGGAUUUUGGUCCGGAAAUAAUGCUAAUAGAUGAGUUAGAGUUCAUUGUAAAAGGAAACGAAGACAGUGUCCAUGAAAAUAAUUCAAAGCCCCCAGUAGUUUCUUUGGUUCAAAACCAAAGCGGCAUUGAUGAAGUGGUGGUAUUGAAUAACCAAAAAGAACUCGUGGACAUUAAACAAAUCGAUAGCAAAAUGUCUGUAAAUGUGAGUCAAAAGGUUUCGUCUUUGAAUAAUGGUGAUAUUGGCGAAAGUGUUGUUCCAAGAGAGAAUGAUGAGGAUAGGCCAUCAUUGUUAAAUACAGCAGUCUUGGAUGCUGGUACUAUAAGACAACAUAAUGAUAGGGAGAUGAACUCUGUUUCCGCCAUUGAAUUGAAUGACUCUUCUGUUCCCAUUAUUGAAGUAGGGAAGAUUGAGAGGUCAGAGAUCCGCGGUGAGAAGAUUUCUGAAGACCUUACAUUUGCCAACACUAUAGACAUUAACAAUGGAAACAAUGACCAGAGAACAGGGGAAACUGAUUCAUUAAAAGUAGUGCAUGAAAUGUCACUUAAGGAUGUGAAAUUAGACAAAUCAGUUUCUUAUGGUAAUAUGGAAGAUUCUGCCAAUCAUAUGAUGGGAGAUGUAGAUAUGGAAGAGGGAGAAAUUUCUGAUGGUUACUGUGGGGAUGACAUUUUAAUGGAUAUGUUGCUGCAGGAUGCAGUGAUAGUGGAGGGUGACAAAGGAAACGUGGAGCCUAUAACUGAUAAAGAAGAGUUCUCCUGUAAUGUAGCCACCGAAAGAGAUUUUGGGUCCACUUUCUUUCUUCUUGACAAUAAUGGUGGAAUGGGGUUCAGGGAAAGUGAUAAAACCAAAACUAUUAAUAAACCCGAUGUUUUAAUUAAUGAAAUACUGCUGAGAGCUAGUAAGGUGGAUGCAAAUGAUGCUUUACUGGAGACUAAAAAUAUUGAAAAAACCAAUAAUGGUGGAAGUAAUAAGCUAGCAUUGCAUGGACUAAUAGAAGAAGACGCAACAAAACAUCACAAGCCUGAUAAUAAGAAAAAGCGGAGUCAUCCAACAAUGGAAAGGAGAGCUAAGAAAAAAUUAAAGAAGCAAAAGCAACGAGCAGAAAAGAACAGACAGCUUGGUGUUAAAAGGCUGAAACUCCCUGUUAUAUCAAAACCAAAGACUAUUUCUUAUUGCCGUCAUUUUUUAGUGGGAAGAUGCCAAGAGGGUGACAAGUGCAAAUUUUCGCAUGACACAGUACCUUUGACAAAAUCCAAGCCUUGCUGCCAUUUUGCACGUCACUCUUGCAUGAAAGGGGAUGACUGUCCGUUUGAUCAUCAACUCUCUAUGUAUCCUUGUACCAACUUUGCGUCUAGAGGCUCUUGCAGCAGAGGUGACAAUUGCAUGUUCUCACACAAGAUAGUACCUAAGGAAGAUGCCACAACUGCUUCGAAUGCUUUAGAACCUGAAAAGAAAGUUGCAUCCUUAAUGAGUAAUUCAAAAUUUAAGGAGCAACUGAAAGAUAACAGUGCCUCCCAGCAGCCUUUCAAUGUAUUAUCCUGCUCCACUGGUAUUAGCUCUCACAAGAGUACUGAAAAGAACAAAGACGAGACAUUCUUGAAACAAGCUAAACUGGUACCUAAAGGAAUUAAUUUUCUCUCUGUUGGGAGUACGCCAUUGGUUGAUUCUGUUAAGCUCAAACAACAGAUCUUAUCUUUAAAUAGAAUUUCUGAUGCCAAGGUUGAGAAUCAUCUUGAUCAACAUGGCUCAGACAUAGUUCUGAAUUCCAAAGAGAUUUUAAAAAAAAAUUCACCCAUAGUAGCACCAAAGGGAAUAAAUUUUCUUUCAUUUGGAAGAGUUCAACAGAAUGAUUUCAGCUGUAGAAGAUUAGUAAGCACGCCAUCAAGUGGCAAUGACAGUGUGAAACUAUCUUCUGACAAUUCUGUUAUGCUUAAUCAAACUAGCUCAGCUCCAGAAUCAAAUUUGAUGCUGAAAGGAAUUCAACCUACAGUGUCUCCUAAGGGAAUAAACUUCCUCUCUUUUGGAAAAUCCUCAAUUGAUGAUUCUUGCAAUCAAGGUAAGUUAAAGUUGCCAUUCAGCUGCGAUAAUGGCUCUGAUGGUAGUGGUAAAGAGAGACAAUAUCCAUUGGAUGAACAGAAGCAUUCAUGCACAACCUCGUCAACUUUGCCAUCGUCUUCAGUUUCUCUAGCUCAAUCGCCAGACCCUUCGUCAUCCAGGAUCCAUAAAGAGACUGCACAUUCAGCGCAGAAGGCACUCUUAUCUACCCUUGCAUUUGCCGCCAAACAUGAAUCUCGAGUGAAACAGAAUCAGUCAAUUUGUGAUUCAUCAGAUGGUACUGAGAUUGAUAAGGGAGUCAGGGUAAAUAGUUUGAUUGGAGGCUCACAAAAUGGUUUGGCAAAAGUCUCGAGAAUUUUUGAGUUAUUGUCUAGCUUCAGUAGUAAAAGCAAGCAAUAGUAUAUGUUGGUUUUUCUUUAACAAAGAACUGGGCUCUUGACAGUUAAAAAAUGGGGUAAUGAGGCAAUUCAAUCAACUCAGUUUCAGAAUACAGAGGUGGAAAUGUGAUGGAAUCUGGUGUUCUUGGCCCAUUAGCUCAUAAGGUGGUUUGUUCUACUAUUUUUAACAUCUGAUACUCAGAUCGGAGUAAACAGUCUCGGUCCAAUCUUUCUAAGCUGAAAGGUAAAUCUUCAAAUUGAUGUGCAUUAUUGCACGAUGGCAGGCCCUCGCAGUUGAGGAGUGAUUUAUGCUGUAUUCUGGAAAAAAAAAAAUCCUCCUUUUUAACCGCAUAAUUUUUUUUAAAAAAUAAUUAUAAUUAAAUAAAAAAAGACCACUAAAGAGAAACUAAGUGGUUGAGGGAGUGUAUAUGAGACUAACUUAAUGGGUUCGAACCGAGUAGAUGGGACCAACUAAAUGGUCAAAAUUUUCUUAUAUAUAUAAAUUUUUUUUUUCUUUUUUUAAUGAGAAUAAACCAUGUUAGGGUCUACUUAUUUCCACAA